AUGUCGUCAUUGCAAACAAAUAAUGUUCAAUUUCGUAUACCUAAAAUAAAAAAAUUGGAUACAACCAUCAUAGAUCCAAUUCCAACUCCAAUUCCAACUAUAAUUAGUUCAAUCGAGAACAAUUAUCCAAAAAUAACAAUUUCUCAACUAGACAUGUUUCGAAUUUUUGCCCAUUUGACAAUACUGUUCAUUGGAGAUAAUUCUAUACGAACAUUUUAUCGUGAUUUUGUCAAUUUAUUUUCUAAUGGUCGAUUAUUAAAAGAUUCAGAAAUUUCUAUACAAAAUGGCGAAUAUAAAGAAAUGAAAUGUGAAAGACGUUUACAAAAAGGUGGAAAACUUGGUUCAUCUGAAUAUAAAGAUGUACGUCAAUAUUUUUGUGAAGCUUCAUCAACACGAUUAAUAUAUAUCUAUAUACCAACUGUUUUUGGAAAUAUAGGAGAAAAAAAUAUUAAUUAUUUAAAAACAAUGAAGGACUGUACAUCAAUACAUGCUGUUCUUUUUUCAUUAUAUCAUGGUGAUCUAAAUUUGUAA